AACAGAUCAAAGAUGAUGAUAUACUGAUAAAAAGAAAAAGUGAUUAAUAGUGAUGAUGAUAUCUGCUGCACCCUGGUCAAUAUUCACAAAAUGUGGAGGCGAGGGCAAGAGUACGUCAGGUCGGGGCGCCAGCUGUCGAUCCGAAUGUAAUAGGAACGGAAUCGAUCGCUAUACAAUGGCAGCCCCAAGCACCCUCAUCGACACGGACAGCGACGAAGAACUGCCUGCUGGCUGGGAAGAGAGGAGUACAGGGGAUGGUCGAGUAUAUUAUGCUAACCAUCAAGAUCAGACAACAAGUUGGAAUCAUCCUCGCACUGGGAAAAGGAAACGGAUCACUGGAGAACUUCCAUUUGGGUGGACUAAGGCAGUUGAUGACAAAGGAAGACAAUUUUUUGUUGACCAUUUGAACAAGAGAACAACAUACACAGAUCCCCGCCUUGCCUUCGCCAUGGAAGAGAGCCCAGAUCCGACAAAGCUAGCCCAGCGGUUUGAUGCAUUCAGCACGGCUUUGCAUGUAUUACAAGGGAGAGAUCUCAGUGGACAGUAUGCUAUUAUUACUGGAGCUAACUCGGGCAUAGGAUUUGAAACUGCUCUGUCAAUGGCAUUGCAUGGUGUUCAUGUUGUCCUUGCAUGCCGGAACCUGAAGAAGGGGAAUGAUGCUGCGUCUAAAAUCAAGAAGAGGUUAGACCAGGCCAAAGUUAUUGUGAUGCAGCUGGACCUGGCAUCACUUCGGAGCAUUGAACAGUUUGCCCAGAACUACAUGCUGCGUGAUUGGCCCCUCCAUAUGCUGGUCUGCAAUGCUGGUAUUUUUGGUGCACCAUGGGAAUUGACCGAGGAUGGGAUUGAGAUGACCUUUCAGGUCAACCAUGUUGGACAUUUUCACCUGGUCAACCUACUGACCGAGACUUUGAAGAAAUCUGCACCUGCUAGGAUUGUGAUAGUUUCAUCCGAGUCUCACAGGUUUAUAAACUUCUAUUCCAACAAGUUGGACCUUAGUGAGGUAGCCAUGCCAAAGGAAAAGUUCUGGCCCGUUCUCGCCUACGGUCGCACCAAACUCUGCAACAUUCUCCACAGCAAUGAACUCAAUAGAAGGCUGUCCCCACAUGAUGUGAUAUGCAAUGCAGUCCACCCUGGCAAUAUGAUUUACACGGGGAUCAGCCAAAACUGGUGGCCAUAUAGGAUAUUGUUUAUGAUGGUCAGGCCUUUCACCAAAUCAGUUCAACAAGGAGCAGCUACAUCUAUGUUCUGUGCUACGGCUAGGGAGCUAGAAGGUGUUGGAGGGAUGUACUUCAAUCACUGCUGUGCCUGCAUGCCUUCAGAAGAAGCCCAGAAUAAAGAACUUGCGAUAGCUCUCUGGGAGAAGACAGAGAAUGUUAUCAAAGACGCUCUCUCUAAAAGCACCUUAUAACCAGAACUUUGAGCAUUUUGCUUCAUGGAGUCUGCAGAAAUAACCUGUUCUGGAGAAUUCUAUCACUGCUGACAUUUAUCAUUAUUCUCCAUUGACAGACCGUAGUGAGCUGGUAUGGGUUCUGUUGUGGUGAUACAGAGCCUGACUUCCAGUGAAAACUUCCACACAGAAAUUAACGGAUCACACAUUAAUUUUCAAAAUCCACUUCUAAACAUCCAAGUGGUAGAAGGUUGAGACGAAAUUUACUUGAAAACUUCCCAAGUUUUUUGCCCGAUUCUUGCAAGCAUUAAAAAAAUUAAACAUAAAAUUAUCAGCUACACACACAAAUCAAAAUAAAUAACUGGAGCAUGCACAUCAUCUGGGGAGCUUGUCGCUGAUCAGUACAGAGAUGUUUCUUAAUCUCUCUUGGGUAAUAUAAUUUCUCAAACCCGUCAGUUGAAGUUUCAAGUAUUAAUCGCAAUAAUCCUUGUCAAGAAUCCACUUUUGCAAGUUCUUCAGAAUUAAACUGUCUCCUUUGGCCAAACCUUCCUCCAAAUUGGUUCUGCACAGUGUUCUGGGGGGAGGGGCUCGUUUGCCUUUUAAUGGGUCUCCUUGUAUCUCUUCCUACAUCUCCCACUAACCUCUUCUGGGUAGUCGUAUAUAGGUUCCUACUUGGAGGCUAUUGAGUUACCGUGAGUUACUGCUGACUUGGCCCCUGGUUCCCACUUGUCCUCUCCUGUUUUCCAAAUUUCCAAGGAUUAAACAGAUCAACUUCUUAUUGACUGUCUUCACAGCAACAGGAAGUCCACAAUUCCUGCUGAUGUGGCCCUGUCCACAGCAAUUGAAGCAUUAAAUGAGGGAAAUACUUCUGAAAGGGCGAUUGCAAAAACCGCUGCUGGAAUUGAAAAUGUUUUAGUCAAGUUUGAAAAAUCAGUUGUAGGUGUUUUCAUUUUCUAAACACAAAAUGUAAUUGGAAAAUGGGCAUUUUUAACUAAGAGAUCUGAUUCGGGCCUGGUCGUCUGGAUUACCCCUUUGAGGAAAAAAAACUUUCUCCACAAAAUUUGAGAUGAGAGGACUUAGUGCUGCAGCAAAGGGUUGUAUGUGAAAAAAAAUACAGUGCAGACUUGAUAGGGUUGUUCAUUUCAGGGAGAAAAGAAUCCUGCCUACACAGUGUGUGUCAUGAUCAUAUAUCGGGUCAUAUCAUUCCAUGAUGUAUUUGAAAUGGUGUCCAUAAAUGAAACAAAGUUGCUUAGUAAUAACUCACAGACUGAUGAAGCGAAAAUGGAAAGGAAAUGCCUGUAUUGACAAUCUCUGAUUUAUUCAUGAACUUAUGAUCAUAUAUUUAUAAAUUUUACUUGUGCUUUCAAUGUAGAUUAAUAAAUAUCUGUGACUCCCAUGAUGAACAAUGUCACACCUCACAUAAUGCUAGUUGGAUUGUAAGGUAUGAUUGAGUUUAUGCAGAGAUAAUUUAAAAUGCAAAUGACUUGUUUAUAUGUAUCAAAUGAAAGUUAUACAGUACUAUGUGUUGAUUGUAAAAAAAAAUAUGUGGCUGUAAAUUGGCAAUCAGUAUAUGCGAAAUUAAACAGUUUAUUGU